UGACAGGCUGAUUCGCAGUUUUUAUCGUUAUUACGUCGUUAGCAAGUUUUCUUUGAUCUGCGCGGUGUAACGAUGGUAGAGAAGGGAUGUUCAGGAAGCAGGUCCAACCAAUUUGCCUUCGUAAAAUGGUUGGAGGACCCACCGAAGUGGAACGUGGUACCACUGAAGCACGUGAAGAGUAAAGGAGAGCCUAAAAUCGGCGAGGUGGUUGAGGUGAAGUGGGGAUCCACCUACCAUCGCGCCCGUUUGUUGGAUCUUGGGACUCAAAAUGCCAUGGAGAAGAAGGUGUUAGAAGCAGGAGAAGAACAGUACCUGGGAAGCGCUCAGGAUAGCGAUGAUUCUUCGGAUGAUGACCACUACGGCAAAGGGUGCAGAGCGAGGAAGUACAGGAAGGUGGAUGAUGAAGCUCCAUCUACUGGGAAAAAAGUCAUCUAAAAAAAGGCGGCACAGAGGCAGCACGAGAAGUCGCACUCGCUCGAAGUGCUCAGGGAGGUGCAGAAUGAGCAGCUGCGAGAGCCAAGGGACUGCAUCCAGUGCAAGGAGAAGGACGAGAUCAUCGGAAAACUGCGGAAACAGAUCGAAGUGCUCCAAGACAUCAACAUCACCAGCAACAGAUGUUGUUGCAGACGUUCAUGGACUCGCAAGGCGCCUUGAAGACGCCGUGAUUUGGCUGGAAGAAAACAAAGGGCGGCUUGCGAAAGAUGUAUCCGUUGUCAACGUGGACGACUACGACGACGCUGAUACAGGUGCCUCAGCCAGCCCAAGGGGCGAGGCGGGAGCUUCCCACCACCUAUCCACCCCUGCUCGUCCACUGGCAAUGCCGUCGACCAGUCGGACCGAAGCCGAAACUCCCACGAGGCGGCCAACUCACCAUGACGUGAAUAUGGUCACCAUCGGGCCCUUCACGGCCAUCACAUCUGCGGCCUUUUGCCUCAUCAACUUUGAUGACAAGAAGAAGGCCAUUCGCGACAUGAUGAUGGCCGUAUUCGGAAAAGAGGUGCUGGGCAGCUCCUCUAUGAGGGGACACCGGACAAGCAUGUCCCCUCAACAAGAACAAGGGGCUUGAGCAGCCGACGAGGCCGGCCCUUGAUCAAGGGAAGCUUCGUGAUGUUAUCACGUUCUUGGUCAACCGGCUGAAGAUGCCCGAGUCGGAAGUAAAGGACGUGAUAAGAAAGAAGAUAAACGACGAGAACAGCGCGGCCCUGAAGGCCAAGAAGAGGGCCGAGCAGGGCCAGUAAGGGCGC